AUGAAGCUUUUGGAUCAGACGUUUAAAAGCCCUUUAAGCAUAUCACUGGGAAGUUUUGAGCUAUUGAAAGCUUCGAUUUUAGACUUUCAAGUUGUUCCUCAUGUCUACCCGGAUCAAGGAGAAUAUGGAGAACCGGAUGUGAAUGAAUCACGUAGAGGUCGACCUGCGAGCAGAGCCUCUACGAGUCGUAACUUGUCUUCGUGGGAGAUCAGUUGUCUCGACACCACUCAAGGGGUAAAGAGUUCAUCACGUAGUUUCUCUCGUGGUCGUAGUUCUUCACGUGGUCGUAGUUCCUCACGUGGGCGUGGUUCCUCAUAUGGGCGUGGUCGCGGGACAACGAAUUUCCAAAACACUCAAGGUGGUGGUCGAGAUGCAGUUCUUCUUUGGGAGAAUUGUCAUAAGAUUCCUCAGUUUAUUUUGCCAUAUGUCGAAGGGUAUUUGGACGUUGUUGGCGACGGCAAUUGUGGUUUCCGUGUUAUAGCCGAUUGUGUUUUGAAUGAUCAAAAUCAAUGGAUGGAUAUAAGAAGGCAAGUGAUUGAUGAAUUACUUUCGUUCCCUAAUGUGCAUGAAAGGAAUAGUGGUUGUGGUAUCGAUCAUUACAUGGUUAUGCUUGAUGACUUGUUUCCCAUUGCUACCUUAUUUAAUGCGGCUAUAAUUUGUCUAACCUAUAAUGAAUGGGACUUGACGUGGGCAAACUCUGCUUGUACUGUGUUGCCGAUGCGGAAUACAAAUGGAAAAGCAGGUCCGGAGAGGGAGAUCACCAUCCUCCGCAUUGGGAAUCACUUUGUUAGGUUACAUCUAAGUUCAUAUUCUCCCGUACCACCACCAGCUUUUCUUUGGACAAAGUACAAAGAUCCUAGUGUAGAAGGUUUUGAUCUACCAUAUCGCGCUAGAAUCUUUGAGUGGAGAAAACUUUCUGGCAACAUUGGGGACAUGAGGUAG